GGCACAUACCGAAAUUCUCGCCGCUCGCUCCGAUUCAAUUUUUUUCCUCACAAGACUUUUAGGGUUUUACCACAUCACAGAAUUCCCAAAUUCCUCUCUCUUUCUCUCUAUAUGAUUCCCGGAAAAUAUAUCCCGAGACAGAGAGAUUUGCCGGGAAAAUUAAGGAGAGAGAGGGAGAUUGAGUGGUUGAUGGAGGUUUGAAGGGAAUGACCGGAACUUUCUCUCUCGUUCGCUGAGAAAGAGAGAGAAAGUGAGGGAAAGUCAAUGACGUUUGUUUGGUUCAUUUUUCUGAAGCAGUGAAACAAAGAGCUUUCUUCUUUCUUUCUCAUUUUCCCGUGAAAGUUACCUAGAAACAAGAAAGGAAAAGAAAAGACGGAGAAGGAAAAUAUUUAAAUAAUUAUAAUAAUAAUAAUUUAAGAUUUUUACGAUAUCAAUGGCGUUCCUUGGGCUCUUUGCCUGAAACGUGGUUCUGAUACUGUGGAAUUGAAGCGAGAGCGAUAGAGAAAAAUGGACGACGACAUGGAGGAAUUUGUUGUGGAGCCGUUUGUGGCUGAAGAAAUCGAUUUUGAUUACGAGUUCGAUGCGCCUCGCUCCUACGAUUUCACUUGGCCGGAGACGGAUCUGGAGGCCGGAGAAGCCGAGCGCUGGUUCGAAUCAGCACAAAGUUAUCCGCCUUCGCCUUUCGUCCUAAAGUUCAAGUGGCCAAAAGACGUUCCUGUAGAAAAUACGAGCACCUAUGCUAAACCCAGAAAUGAUGGAAACAUGGAUUCCAUUGGGAAUUACUCUGACAGCUGCAUGGGUUCUGAAGUUUCUGCAACAGAUGAUUCCAACAAAGGAUAUUAUAAUCAGAUGGCUCAAGCUAGUCCAAAAGCUAAAACAAAGUCCCCAGUGAAGUCAACAUUAACAAGGAGUUCAACUUUAAUGAAACCAACAGCAAGUCAUUUGGCCAAGCAGAAUAAACCUCAAGAAAUUCAUUCCACGCGAUUCUUGAGAAGGUUUCAGAAUAAGUUAGAGAACAUUGAUGAAAGCAGUUCACGGAGUGCUUAUGUAAUUGACUGCCAAGCUACCAAAAGACAAAAGUUGGAGACUGGUUACUUAAAGAAGGUUGCUCACCUGAAGCAUCAAUCUCUUUUGCUACACAGGUUACCUAAUAAGGUUGAAACUGUUGAUGUAAACUCUGUUGUGCGUAGUAGACCUGAAGUUACCAUUCCUAGAGAACCUAAUCUGGCAACAGCACGUAGGGCACAAAGAGAUAGGUGUAAGAUCAAAACAGAGUCGGGUCAACAUGCACAAUCAAGUGCUUAUAGCUUCAAAGCACGCCCUUUGAACAGAAAAAUUCUUGAGGCACCUUCAUUUCCUCUUCCUAAAAAGAGCAUACCACAGCUGCAAGAGAUUCAAGUGUUUCACUUGAAGACCUCAGAAAGGGCUAUGCAACGCGCGUCUAGUAAUGCAGGGAAUAUAUCUAAAUGCAACUCUGUUUCACAAAGUGAAACUGUGGACAGUAAAAGUCUAAAUGGUGAUGCUUUAAAGCGGAACUGCAAAACAGUUAACAAAGUCAAAGCCCGUCCUCUUUAUACAAAGGAAUUCAAUUUUUUAACUGAUAAGAAGUUUCCUGAGCCACCAAUAGAAUUACUUAGUAAGCUCUCCUUAGCAUCGGAUUCCCACCCUAAUGGGGAAUCUCAGUCAAAAAUGUACCAGCCCACUAAGGUUGCUAAAGAGAACACACCAGGUCCUUUCCAUCGAGCACGAGUGUGUCAGUAUCAUACAAUUGGGUUGGAAGUGGUAUGAAUGUGGGCGCUACAGGAGGAUUCCUGAAAGUGGACCACAACUACACAUUAACAGGAGCAUGGAAAGUACGCUGAGAACAAGAGCACAAGUGAUUUUAUAAUGCUUAUGCUUUCUCACACCAACAUAAAAAGGCAGAGGAAGCAAGAUUUUGCCUAUGCUCUACAAGUGCAUUGCUCAACAAUGUGGAGCAGCUGGAGCUUCUUUGUACAUGGGAUGACUUUCACGGAAGGUGAAUCACAGGGUGUAUUAUAGGGAAAUAAUAGGUCAUUUUUGCCAAAGAAAUUGUAAUCCUUGUUUUUGCGUUUGUAGUUUUUUCAAUAAAUUUUUAGAGGUCAGUCGUGUACAGCGUUAAAGUAUCUAAACCUUUAUUCAGUUUCAUUUUCAUAUUUUUUUUUUGACAUGUUUGCACAAGGGGGUGAAAAGGGGGAAGGAGAUUCAAACUAGUAACCUCUGUUUCA